CAAGUCGAUGACACUCUCACUCAUGGCCUCAUGGAAAGUGCUUUGAGAGAGAGAGAGAGAAGGAGCUCUUAGAGAGGGAGAGCGGUUUCUGCCAUCUGCUCCGCUUUGGAAACAACAUUUCGUUCGCUGCCGGUGCCGAUGAGGUUUGGUGUGCUUUUGAGAAUGAAGCUAAUGCAAUCUGUAUCAGCUUUUUCGUCCAGUUUCUUCUGCUAGGGAACCCUAAUUGUGGAGUCCGGUCAUCGUGGAGAAUGCACUGCCAAGGUUGCUGGAAUUUCUGGUCCUUACUUGUUUGUUGACAUGCAUGCCAAGUUCGAUGAAUGUGGACAUGGAAGGUGGAUUGUGGAUCUCUUUAUCUGAAAUUUGAGCUGUAAAGGUUGGUUUAUAACAUGCCAGAGCUGGGUUUUUAUGAUGGCAGCAACAUGCAGAACCGGUAAGCAAAGGUUGUAAAUAACUAGAACAGUAUUCACUGUAAGAGAUGAUACAAAACAAAGAAAUAGAGGAUUUAUAUGAUGACAGCUUUGAAGGUUCUAAUGAUGAAAGACGGAUUUUUACUGAGGUAUUUUUCAGUAAAGACAGUGUUCAGCCUAGUCAGAGGUGUCUGGUUACUGGAGUCAUCAACUUUGAAUGUGAAUCUAGUAAAAACACAAAUAUUUCACUCUGCUCCAGCAAUGAAAACUCAGUUUUAACAAGCCCCUCUUCUUCAAAAGUGACCCAUUCUGAGGAUGAUUGUGAUGUGGUUCAGAAUUUCAACGAGACCGCUCUUGAUUCUGUGCCUGAGAGAUUCAAUUAUGAAGGCCCAAAUCAUGAGGAUGUAAAUGUCAAACGCAUGAAAUUUUCCCUGCAUCAACUACCCUGUAGUAGAUCCAAUUUCAAAAAGGUUUUGAAUUCACCAACACUUCUAAAAGAAUAUGUUACUGACGUGUCUGGUGCUGUUACAGACUUUGAUAGUAAACCACUUUCUCUUCGUUUAGUUGAAUCAUCAAAGAAUGGUGUGAUAUCUAGUUGCUAUCUGUUGAGGCAUAGCAUGAUGCUGAACAAAAAAAGAGCUAAGGAUGGUGUAGAUGUUUCAAAUUGUAAAAAAACCUCUGCAGAUGGAAAUUUGGCCAAAGAAGUAGCUACAAGUAAAGUGACUGCUUCUCCUGUUUCCCAAGAGAGUUUCGCAAAUAGGCUUGCAGUAACAAGUUCAUCAAUCACUGCUGUGGAGAAAUCUGGAUCUCAUUUGCAACUUGAGGAGAUGCCUAAAGGAUCUUUAUCCUAUGUUGUGGAUAAGUCAAAUUUAUCAUUGACACCUGAACUUAAGAAGGACCCCCGUGAUUUAUUGCAUUACCGUUGUGUGCAGUUGCUUAUGAUGGCAGGAUGGUCUAUUGAAAAGCGUAAGAGACCUUGUAGACGCUACUUUGAGUCAGUCUAUUGGACACCAGAAGGAAGGCCAGUUCGUGAGUUUAUAAAAGCUUGGAGGUUAUGUGGUCAGUUUUUGUCUGCUGACAAAUACAAUUCGAUGCAGGAUAAUUGUAAAGAAUGGACUGAUAUUAGUCAAUUCUGGUCUGAUCUAUCCAGUGCAUUGAUAAAUGUUGAAAAGGCAAUGAGCCAGUCAGAGCCUGCUGCCAUGCUAGCUUAUCAGUGGUGGCUCCUGGACCCUUUUGUAGUAGUAAUUUUUGUUAAACGAAAGAUUGGUGCACUGAAAAAGGGGGAGCUAGUGAGGGUGAGUCGAAGUAUAGUUUCUAGAAAUUAUAGGAUGGCAUGUACUACCAAAAGUUCAACUUGGAAGGAUACUUCUGCAGCUCGAUUUGAUCUGAAACAUGACUCAGCUUUUCUUUUUGAUUCUGCUACUGCCACAACAUCUCUGCUCAACUACCAUGCCAGUAAUCAGAAAACCGGGGAUGGAAAUAACGUAGGAUAUGAACAGACAAUUAAUGGGGUAAUAAAACUACCAAUAUAUGAAAGCAAUAGCAUUAUUAACCAGGAAGAGAUGUACUUAGAACACAAUGCUGACGGCAUAGGAAAUCAAUGUAGGAAAGUAUCUGUGUAUGAAAGGAGUAGUCUUGGUGUAGGCUUGUUACCUGAUGACGGGUUGGGUUUUACUGGUACACGGUCAAGUGCUUGUACUUCCAAUGUUACUAUAACUUCUGGAAAUUCAAAUCAGGUAUUUAGAGGGCUUGAGGUAAACACUUCUCUGGAGAGCAAUGUUAGAAAUUUUGAAAGCUCUGAUCAAAAGUACUCGGAAAAUUUGUUGGAAACAAGCAAGAUAGUUGAUGGGGAUGUGCUAAUGGGCGAGGCAGAGGAAAAGGAUCCGUUGAAUGGCAAAGUUCAGGAUCUUUGUGGAAGUUAUCUGGAGGAAGACCUGAAUAGAUAUCCACAUGGACCAAGACGUGGCUUGGUUCAUUGUCCUGCCUCAGAGGCUGUUCAGCAGUCUGAAUAUGGUGAGGAAGGGGGUGAAAAAGGCUCAAGAGCUUCUGUGCAGACUGUGGUUGAGACAGCCAACACAUGUUCUACCCCUGAUGUUACUCUGAAAAAGAAAAUACGGAGGAAGUGUAAAAGGGUAUCUGAAAUCAAACUGAGUAUGUUAUAUGAAAGUGACAUGAUGGGUUCUACAGUUACAGAUGAGUUUCAAUUAACAAAUGGUGACUUAUGUGGUAAUCACUUAGAACUUGAAGAGGGUGAGCAUGUAGUUGACAAUGCAGAGGAUAGAGGAGUCCACAGGAAAUUGUCAUCAAUCAGUUCAUUCCGGCAACAACAUACUGAGAGAACAAAUGCAAAGUUUAGAAAGAGUUGUCACAACAAUGACCCUAUAACUGAAGAACCGAGGUCUAGUGGAUGCCAGAUUGCAGAUGAUGACCUGCUGGUUUCAGCUAUUUUCAAGAAAACAGGUUUCAUCUCAAAGACAACUCAGGGUGAAUCUAAAUCUAAAUCCUACAAAUCAAGAGCUCAGAGAAAGCUGAAAAGGCAAAAGGGUCAUUGCAGGUUGCUACCAAGGAACCCUGGCAAUGGAGGGAAGCGCGUUAGGGAAGUCAAGAGGUGUUAUCUUGGGGCAAGAACAGUGCUAUCAUGGUUGAUUGAUAAUGGGAUCUUAUCCAUAAAUGAUGUGAUUCAAUACCGAAACCUUAAAGAUAAUGCUGUCAUUAAGGAUGGUAGGAUUACCGGGGAUGGUAUUAUAUGUAAGUGUUGCAAUAAGUUGCUUACAUUAUCUGAGUUCAAGUAUCAUGGUGGGGAUAGAUUAAAUCGCCCUUGCUUGAACCUUUUUAUGGGGUCUGGUCAGCCUUUUACAUUGUGCCUGCUUGAAGCUUGGUCUGCUGAAUACAAGGCCAGGAAAAGUGGGAAUCAAACCAUGAAAGAAGACGAUGAUGAUAAAAAUGAUGACUCCUGUGGAUUGUGUGGUGAUGGCGGUGAGUUGAUAUGCUGUGAUAACUGUCCAUCAGCUUUUCAUCUUGCUUGUUUGUCCGUUCAGGAUAUCCCUGAAGGCAACUGGUACUGCACAAACUGCACUUGUCAGAUUUGUCAGAAUUUUGUCAAUGACAAAGAGGCUCCUGGUGCUCGUGAUGCACUGCAAUGUUUACAGUGUGAACGUAAAUAUCAUGAAAAGUGUCUGAGUGGAGGCAGUAAACCAGAAGGGGAAGUUUCUGACAGUUGGUAUUGUGGCCGACGCUGUCAAGAGGUAUACACUGGUCUUCAGUCACGGGUUGGACUUGUUAAUCACAUUGAUGGUGGCCUCUCAUGGAUGCUUCUUAGAUGCAUCCAAGAUGACCAAAAGGUUCAUUCUGCCCAGUGGUUAGCCCUCAAGGCGCUAUGCAAUACAAAAUUAGCUGUUGCCCUUACCAUCAUGGAGGAGUGUUUUUUGUCAAUGGUGGAUCCUAGAACAGGCAUAGACAUGAUACCCCAUGUUUUAUACAACUGGGGGUCCGAUUUUGCUCGCCUGAAUUUUCAAGGGUUUUACACUGCAGUAUUGGAGAAAAAGGAUGUCUUAAUUUCAGCAGCAUCUAUCAGGGUGCAUGGAACUACAGUUGCAGAGAUGCCACUUAUUGCAACUUGCAGUAGGUAUCGUCGGCAGGGAAUGUGCCGACUCCUUUUGAGUGCAAUUGAAGAGAUGUUAAUAUCUGUCAAGGUAGCAAAGCUUGUGAUAGCAGCCAUUCCAGAUUUAGUUGAGACUUGGACCAAUGGCUUUGGAUUCAAACCUUUAGGUGAUGAUGAAAGGCAGAAACUGAACAAAAUAAACUUGAUGGUUUUUCCUGGGACUGUAUUACUUGAAAAACCCUUGUUCAAGGAAGAUAAAGCAGAAGUAGGUGUCUAUUGUGAAGGAAUGGCGAUGACUGAAUCAUUGCAGCAAGAUGUUGGAGGCACAUCUGCUGAUGAAAUUGGUACGAAGUCAGACGCCGGACUUGGUUGCAGCAAGAAUGACAGAGAUUGCAGAAUUGAAUCACUGCCGCAAGAUGUAGAAAACAAUUCUACUGAUGAACUUAGUAACAAGUCAAAAACGGAACAUGUUUGCGGCAAGAAUUUCCCAGAUUACAGAGCUGAGCCACCUUUAGGAUUGAAAGAACCAGCAGAUUCGAGUACCUAUUUAAGUGGAGAGAAGAUCAUGGGCUUUGUAAACAAUAUGCAGGAAUUGAGAAUUAACGGCAAAAUGGACUCCACAAAUGAGUCUGUGCAGCACUCUAGUGGGAACUGUUGCAUGAACAAAGACGGUACCGAAUCAGUAGUAAGAAUUGUUGAGAACAGAAAUAUCAAAGCGGGUGAAGGUCAGGAGAAUGGCUUGUGGGGCCCUUUUUUGCAAAUGUCCUGCAAAGCAGCAUUAGGCAACAAUUUUGACGUGGAUUCCAUAAUUGAAUCCUCCGGGAUGUAUGAUGAAACACAGCUCUCUUUGGAACAGAACUCGCAGGAGGCAUGUGAAAUGAUGAAUGAAUGAAAAUCAGAAAGGAAUUGGUUGUUUAGAGAAA